AACAAGAAAAUAAUUUAAUUAAUCUCGUUGCUGAGGCUACAGGGUAACGUGUCCACCUACUCAACACAAAUAUGUUAUUCAUUAGUCGCUUUUCAACUACAGAGACAAAAAAAAUCAAUUGAUUCGAUCUUAUCUUGCUAGCAAGUUCCAUUAAUGAAAAGCCACACCAAAACACUAGAUUUAGGAUAUGCUGGCACGUAUAUGGUUGCUUGCUUAAACAUCACUCAAUAAUGCACCCCACCACAGCACUGACUAUGGCAUGCACCUAAACGAAAUUAAGCUAUUUCUUUAUUUAGUUGAUGCUAGCUAGCUAGGCUAAAUGCUUGGAAACUGGCGAGCCAGUGGCCAUUAAGAAGGUUUUACUGGACAAAAGAUAUAAGAAUCGUGAGCUACAGUUAAUGCACUUGAUGGAUCAUCCAAAUGUGAUCUCUCUGAAGCAUCGUUUCUUUUCCACUACAAGUGCAGAUGAACUUUUUCUUAAUUUGGUGAUGGAAUAUGUUCCAGAGUCUAUGUAUCGAGUCUCAAAGUUCUAUAGUAAUACUAAUCAGAGCAUGCCACUUAUUUAUGUAAAACUUUACAUGCACCAGAUUUUCAGGGGGCUGGCUUAUAUCCACACUGUUCCUGGAGGUUGCCACAAAGAUUUGAAGCCUCAAAAUAUACUGGUUGACCCUCUUACACACCAGGUUAAGAUAUGUGAUUUUGGAAGUGCAAAAGUGCUGGUCAAAGGUGAAGCUAAUAUAUCACAUAUAUGUUCACUUUUCUACCGGGCACCAGAACUUAUGUUUGGUGCCACUGAGUAUACUACUUCAAUUGAUAUUUGGUCAGCUGGCUGUGUCCUUGCUGAGCUGCUUUUGGGUCAGCCCUUAUUACCUGGCGAAAAUGCACUGGACCAGCUUGUAGAGAUUAUCAAGGUUACUCAAAUGAAGCAGGAGCAUGACAAGAGGCAAGCAAGCCUCAUAGCUGAACACAACGAACAGCUAAAGCGUACCCAACUGCAAGCUGAAAAUGAAUUGAGAGAGAAAACAAUGUUUAUGAGGAAUGAUCAUGAAGCUCAGAUCAAAGCAUUGAGGUGUGAACUUGAAGAUGAGUGUCGGAAGCUGGAAGAGGAGUUGCAUCUUCAAAAAAUCCAAAGAAGACAGGCAAAGGGCUUUGUUGCAGUUGCAGUGGAAAGUGAUGAGUGACAAGCCUAAAGAGGACCAAGAAGUGAAUUCAAAACAGGCCACGAGGUUGUAACAUAUGAAAGUCCGCGACCGAUGAUGGGGAUUCAUCGUUUAGUGUUUGUGUUAUUUCGUCAACUGGGUAGGGAAACAGUGUAUGCACCAGGAUGGCGCCAGAAUUUCAACACUAGAGAAUUUGCUGAACUCUACAACCUUGGAUUGCCAGUUGCUGCUGUCUAUUUCAACAUUCAGAGGGAAUCUGGCUCUGGUGGAAGAAGGUUAUACCAUUGAGGGUUCUAGAAAUAUUUCUCCCACACUCUUUAGUAGUAAAUGAGUGCUUUUCAACUUAAUAUUAAACUGAGCAUAUAGUGAAAUAAAUUGCUUGCUAGAUCAGUUGGUAGCAACAAGUCCUCUACAUAUACACAUAAAUGAAAUCGAAGCAUCUCGGUUCAUUUUUCUUAUUUCUAUUAUCAGCUGCAGAAUGUUAUAGAUAUAUUAUAUAUGUAAAGUGGAAAACAACUUGAGCACAAGUUAAAUUAUGGGGUACUUAUACUUUUGCUUAUUA